AUGGCUCCCUCGGAAGGCAAGACUUUCAGACUGCGAGGCAUACCAGCAGGGCUUUGCAAGAAGGAUGUCGAGAUCCUCGUACAAAACACGUUGAACUGCAACGACGUAAACAUUCGUGUCCGCUCUUUGGCCAGUGACCUUGACAACUUAGACGAAGACGUGGCAACCGUGGAAAUUUCUCCUGUCCCCAUAGCAUUCAAAAGCACAGCAAAAGGUGAUGAGUGGUGUCUCGACACGGUCUACAACGAUGAGGACCUCUCAUUGCUGUUUGACACCAAUUUCCUCGGCCCUACUCCGCUCCACAUGCCGUCGUACGAAAAAUGGGACUUGGACCUAGUUGCAGUCUCCGGGUUGGGAGGCCACGCAUUCGGAUCGUUCAAAGCUCGAGGCGGUAGCUUCAUGUGGCUUCGGGAUGCUUUGCCAAAAGACCUACCUGGUGCCAGAGUUAUCGUGUAUGGAACUGACACGACGCUUCAAGAAGGGAACUCCUUCCAGAAUCUAAGCCAUCUUGGUCAUGGACUCCGCUCUACCCUGAACGAGAUCAGGGCGCAAUUCGCCGAUAAGCCUCUCGUUCUUCUUGGACACAGUUUAGGAGGAGUCAUAAUAAAGGAGAACGAUCAAGGAGUCUGGAAAAUGGAGGGACCAGCCACGGUUUUCGUCAGCAAAGACUCUGCAAAAUGCCUGAGAACUUGGGAAACCGAAAUUCAGAAUACUCUUGCCAUGAACCGAACGCACUCGGAAAUGGUCAAAUUCCCCAACAAGCACGACAGAGGAUACUCCUCGAUUCGCAAACGACUCAAAGACUUUGCACUGAAAUCUGCAGAAGUCAUCCCGAGGCGCCAUGCGAUAGUGGGAAUUACCACAUAUCCCGGUAUCUCGCCCAACUCCCUAACUCUAGAGAAGCGUGAAGAGUUGAAAAACGUGGCUUCCUUUUUUAUCUACGGACAGGGAGUGCCACUGCAGAAGUCGCGGAUGGGGCUUUAUAGUGCCCUGAUCCAUCAGCUCUACCAGCCCCUUUCGACCGCCUUCCAAGGCCUGAUCUGGGAUUUCCAGAACAGAACCGACACACGUGGAAAAUAUGGCGAGAAAUGGAGGUGGACCCUGGAAGACAUCAGGUCUCAUCUUUUUGACGCUUUGAAACUCGGCAGUGAAACGAAGUCCAUUAUGAUCUUUGUUGAUGCCCUUGAUGAGGCCGGGGAAGAAGAAGCACGGAAAAUAAUCCGUGACUUCGACGGAUUGCUUGACGGCCUCAGCAAGUCUAACUCAAAGAUCAAGGUCUGCUUCUCUUGUCGCCAUUAUCCCGAUUUGCGUCUGAGCCAUGCAGUAGCCGUGUCUGUAGAGGAGCAUAACCGCCGGGACAUCCAGACGGUAAUCGACGACAUUCUCCAACAAUUAGCACCUGAGGAGCAAACGAUGUUCAAAACAAAGAUUGUCAAAAACUCCAAAGGCAUCUUCCAUUGGGCAACCCUCGUGGUCGAUCGGGCUGUUCGCCAAAGGAAAAAAGGGAAGCCUUUCCGGACUGUCUUUUCAACCUUUCAAGAAGGUCAAGCGGACCUGUACCAACUAUACGAGGCUCUUUUGAGUGAACUGGAUGGGGAUGACCGCGUACAAGCCAUCAGGUUAUUUCAGUGGAUUCUGUUCGCGAAGAGACCCCUUAAACUUCCCGAGCUACAGCACGCAAUGGCUCUCAGUCACGACAUGCCAGAAAAUUCAAUCUCGGAUUACUCAUUUGGAAAGUAUUUUACGGACGCAAACGAUCUAGAAGCCCGAAUCAUGGAUCUUUCCAAAGGGCUUAUUGAAGUUAGAGACCCGGUCAACAUUUCUGAAUUUUUGAUCCACCCAGAGCCAACCGACGUCCAUUUCAUUCACCAAUCUGUUGUCGAUUAUCUUUUGGAUUCUGGUAUCCAGACACUUGAAGUGGUUCAGGAUACGACAAUAUCAAGCAGCAUAAACAUGAUCUGGGCUCAUAUUCGUCACGUGAACUUGGCAGCCGUUUCAGGUACUGGUGGGGCUGCUGGAUACACCACAUUCUUGAAAUUGAAAGCGAACGGCAUCCUCUUCCCAGAUGCUAUCGGGACUACAAAGGCCCCACAACCCAAGAUGAAACGGAGUGGCAAAAUCUCCCCGAUCAGUACGAGCAAUGCGACCUACUGGACUAUUUCUCGUGGCCUGAUUCCGACAGAUUCCUCCAAAUCUGUGUCCGUUUCCAUAACGGAUUGA